AUGCGCAUCGUGAUCAUCGGCGCCGGCUGGGGCGGCCAGGGCGUCUGCAAGGCCCUCGCCGCCGCGUCGCUGCCCGCGGACACGUCCAUCACCUGCAUCGAUGGGGCCGAUCACCUCUCCAUCGGCGCGACCUGGCAGUUCGAGCUCGAGGGCCGCGCGGCGCCCGUGUCCCUGCCGCUCGCGGACUCCUGCGCGGCGCCCUACCUCAAGCGCGCCGCCGCGUCGACGAUCGACUACGGGGCCAAGACCGUCGCGCUCGAGGGCGGCGAAGUCGUGGGCUACGACCGGCUCGUGCUCGCGUGCGGCGCCGUGAGCGACCCGAGUUCCGUGCCCGGCCUCGCGGAGCACGCGAUCGACCUCUCGGCGAAGGGCUUCGCCGCGCCCAUCGAGGCCUUCUUCGAAGCGCUCGGCGCCGGGAAGAAGACCGUGCACGUCGCCGUCGCCAAGGCGCCCUACAAGUGCCCCCCUCUCCCCUUCGAGGUCGCCUUCCUCGUCGACGCCAUAGCGCGGCGCCGCGGCGUCCGCGACCGCGUCGACAUCGUCGUGACCUACCCCGUGCCCUGGCCCUUCGGCGGGCCCAAGGCGAAGCAGGCCUUCGCGGCGGCCAUGGACGAGAAGGGCAUCGCGUAUCGGCCGAACACGAAGCUCGUGUCCGUGGCGGCGGAUGGUGCGAGGAAAACAACCACGCUCGCGUCGACGGCCGAGGGCGCCGAGGGGCAGGUCGACGACAUCACUUCAGAUUUGCUCCUCGCCGUCUACCCGCACCGCGCGCCGGACCUCAUCGCGCCGGCGCUCCUCAACGCCAAGGGCUCCGUGCCCGUGGAUUUCCGCACGAGCCGGGUCACGAAGGGCGGCGUCGCGGACGUCUUCUGUGUCGGCGACGCCUGCGCGGCCGUGCUGCCGAGCGUCGGGUCUCCGAUCCCGAAGGCCGGCGAGUUCGCGUACAAGGCGGGCGUGGCCGUCGGCGAGCUCUUGGCCGCGGAGCUCGGCGGCGCCGAGGCGCCGCUCCCGACGGCGCGCAGCGCGCAGUGCGUCGCGGAGAGCGGCGACGGAGAGGGCAUCGUCGUCGGGCCGAACUUCGACGCUGUCUUCCGCGACCCGGACCACGGCAAGCCCGCGUUCGUCAUCGAGCCCGCGAGCGCGACGGGCAAGGUCGCGUGGAUCCAGAAGUUUUUGGACACGUUCGCGCCGGGCAAGGCGCCGACCUUCGCGCCGGCGGCCUAA